AUGGCAGAACCUAGGAACAACAAACGAGCUCGCUAUGAUGACGAUGUGGUGACGGGAGACAACAGCUCGGCCACUGCUGCCGAGGGCUUUUUUGAAGCUCUCUCAGAGGCUGGGGUUACUCAUUGUUUUGUCAAUUUGGGGAGCGACCAUCCCGCCAUGCUGGAGGCAAUGAUCAAAGCGAAGCAAGGCCAGUCCCAAAAAUUCCCAAGAAUUAUCACCUGCCCUUCUGAGCUAGUUGCUCUGUCUGCCGCCCUGGGGUAUUCCGGGGAGAUAAAAACAGGCCACAAUAUAAAGGAGAUGGUAAACCGCGCACUGCAAUUCACCAUUUCUGAUCCGAAAGGGCCAGCUUACCUCAUGGCUGCACGAGAAGUUCUAGAAGAGAAAGUGGACAGAAAAUGGCUGGAGGAGGAGAUGCUUAGUCCUAUUGUGCCAAGUGCCCUACCUGAGCCUGAGGUUGAAUUGAUUGCAACAACACUUAUCAACGCCAAACGGCCACUGAUUAUUACCGGGUACCUGGGCCGAAAUAUUAAUGCGCCCCCUCUUUUGGAAGAACUCUGCAACAAGCUUCCCAUCAAAGUGGUUGAAAUGAUUGGAUCAGAUGUCUGCCUCCGAAGUGACCAUGAAGCCUACUUAGGUGUCACUGUCACGACCCAUCCGGCGGUCAUGGAAGCCGAUGUCAUUUUGAUCUUAGACUGUGACGUGCCUUGGAUCCCAACCGCAGGAAAACCUAAGAAAGAUCGACAGCAUCUCAAUGUAGCCGACUAUGCCUCUGGAUUUGAAAAGCGUGCAGCUCGUUAUUCAAGCUGGCGAGCGGAUCUUCAAAGUUCCCAAUUCCCUGCAGAUGAUGGCAGCAUAAGUGUGCCUUACCUUACGUCUCGAAUUAGAGAACACGUCCCACAAGAUACUAUUUUUGUUAUGGAGGCUGUGACUAAUGCAGGGCUAUUGAUACACAACCUGAAUCUAGUCAAGCCUGGAAGUUUAGUUGGCAGCGGUGCCGGGGGCCUGGGCUGGGGUGGAGGUGCAACAAUGGGCGUCAAAAUGGCUAAACCUAAUGCUUUUGUUUGUGGAAUUGUCGGGGAUGGCACAUAUCUCUUUUCUCAAAUGGAGAGCGUGUAUUGGAUAGCCAGACGCUAUGAGGUCCCAUUCAUGCUCAUUGUUCUAAAUAAUAGCGGAUGGAAUGCGCCAAAAGUGUCGGCUUUGUUGGUUCAUAAGGAUGGAUUAUCAUCCAAGUCUAAUCGGAAAGAUCUGAACCUGUCUUUUGAACCUUCUCCGGACUACCCUGGGAUUGCUGCUGCGGCUGGUAAUGCAUGGGGUGCAACCGUGAAAGUUCAAAAUGAACUAGAUCAAGCUCUUGUUGAGGGAAUAGCUACUGUUCAGGGUGGAAGAUGCGCGGUCAUUGAAGUUGCCGUUCCCUCUAUGUGGAAAGAAACCUAG